AUGCCGCGCGCCACGACGCGGCGCCCCGAGGAGGAGGUGGACCGAGGCGGGGGUGUUGGGCGUGCGUCAUUGCCUGUGGUCCUGCGCAAGCACCAAAAGUUUAUGGUAUGCGCGCUCCGCGAUCUAGCCGCUGAGCUGCACUUGCUGCAUCGUAUUUGGUAUAAAACACAUACGCAGUUGCGGCACAUGGUCUGGUGGCGACCACUGCAUCGGAUCCGCGUGCUGGGCAAGCGCCUCGUUACAGGGCCGCUGCAUGGAGCGGUGCCACGUUCAGGUGUGCAGCUGCCGAGCGAAGCACCGACGUCGGCGGUCCAGACGCUGCCGUUUGCAGCGCACGUACACGCCCCGCGCUACUUGUACAAGAUUGCGCUGGCGUACACGGCGAUGUGGGAUGCGCAGCCCACGACGUGGGAGAGUUUGCCGCGGUAUGCGACGCCCCCGACGCAAGCGCCGCGUGCAGCAGCAUUUGCCGCGGCGUGGGAAGAAGGCCAGUGUGUGGCACAGCUGGCCGAGGCGCUGGGCCGCGCAUCGAUGCAAUGCUGUGCGCGACUGGACGCACAUUUGCAUACGCCGCCUGCGCCGAUGCACGCGCCGACGGCGAUGGCAGUGUAUGCAUGCGUCGCGAAGAUUGCGGCAGUGUGCCGCAGCAUGUGCGAAGAAGAACACGGGAGCCGUGUGUCGCUGCAGCAGCUCCAAGACGUAUUGGAGCGUUGCGCACGGCGUGUAUAG